AUGUUUUUUUCAAAGAUGAGUCGGCAGCAGCUGUUUACUUUAAUUGCGAUGGCAUCCAUAAACUUCAGCUCAAUGAUCUGCUAUUCGAUAUUAGGACCAUUUUUUCCACCAGAGGCAGAAAGGAAAGGAGUUAGCCAGGCAGUAAUUGGAUUAAUAUUUGGAUGCUAUGCCUUCUUCACUUUGGUUGGAUCGUUGGUCUUGGGAAAAUAUAUUGUCCAGAUUGGGGCAAAAUGUAUGAUAAUUGCAGGUCUGGUAAUUUCAGGUGUGACUACUAUAGUCUUUGGGUUCCUAGACAGAGCUCCUGAAGGAACCAUCUUUAUAGUGCUCUGUUUUGUCAUAAGAUCUAUAAAUGCAGUUGGCUUUGCUGGUGCUGUAACAUCCUCUUUCGCUGUGUCAGCAAAAGUGUUUCCCGACAGUAUAGCAACGAUCCUGGGCUUUAUUGAGAUUUUUACAGGAAUGGGCCUCAUACUGGGACCACCUUUGGGUGGAUGGAUGUACCAAGCAUUUGGAUAUGAAAUUCCAUUCAUUGUUUUGGGAAGUGUUCUGUUUUUGACAGUCCCCUUAAUUAUGUGGAUUUUACCAAACUUUGAUGCGGUUGCCUCACAUGGUUCCUUCUUCAAGCUGUGCUCACGAGUAAAGAUGAUGCUUAUUUGCUUUGUGGUGUUCACGCUGAGUUCAGGAAUCGGCUUUUUGGAUGCCACCCUAUCAAUAUUUGCCAUGGAAGCGUUUGGCCUGACUGCUGAGUCUGUGGGGCUGCUCAUGGUCGCGGUGUCAUUACCCUACGGAGCUGCUUCACCCAUCCUUGGGAUAAUCAGUGAUAAGUAUCCAUUCAUCAGAAAGUGGAUGAUGGCAAUAGGAGGAAUAGCAACAGCAGUUGGCUUUUGUUUACUUGGACCUGUUCCUGUCUUUCAUAUUGAAAGUGAGCUUUGGCUUGCUGUUGUCAUGCUGGUGGUCAUCGGGUUUUCUCUUUGUAUGACCUGCAUCCCCACCUUCACUGAGAUGCUCAUUUGUGCACAUGAAAAUGGGUUUGAGGAAAGCUUAAGCACACUGGGUUUGGUAUCAGGACUGUUUUCGGCCGUGUGGUCUGCAGGGAUGUUCUUCGGGCCAACUGUUGGUGGAUUUAUCACACAGAAACUGAAUUUUGAAUGGGGUGCAGGUUUUCAGGGGGGAGUCACCUUUGUUGCUGCAUUCCUAUUAAUAUUAUUUUUAACCAAAGAAGAAAUAUACAAGUCAAGAAGUCUGAAAAUCAGUGGAGCUGAAUGCACAUCAUAUGCAGGAGAAAAAUCCCCUCUUCUCCGCUCAUCUUCGGAAACUUCUGUAUAACUUGGUACCCUAAUGUCUGACCAAAUUGAAGGUAUUUGUGAUGUAUUGAUGCGUCACAAUGAGGAAAACUGAAUUUUCUUACUAUUAAUAGUUGUGUUAAGAAAACACAGAAGAUGUUUGUUUUAGAGUUUAACUUGGGAAUAAUCCCCAAAUUUGUGAUGGACAAUCAGGUGCUAUAAUUUGUAAAACAAGUUUAUUGUAUUUGAAACAUAUUGGGAACUGAAAACCUAUAGCUAUAGUUGUAUCUAUCCACUACAAAAGGCAUGUAGCAUGGAGUGUGCAUAUAAAAACACAAUUUGUAUAUAUCAAUUUUUACAGAGUAAUUAUUAUUAAUGAUGCUCUUUCUUUCUACAAAGAGAAAUAAGCCUGUAAAUAAUAUUGUGUGCCAAAAUGUUUCAAUAUGCUUUUACUAACUCAUCUUUGUUCAAUUACAUAUAAUAAUGUUAUUCUUUCUCAUUUAUGAUUGUAUGUAAUUGUGCUA